CUCGCCUCGGUCGUCCAUCCUCUCGUCGGAUUUGCGGAGACUCUCCCGGCUGCGUGCCCCGUCCCCGGAAGUGCUUCGUAUCACUCGCUCACUGGAAUGUGUCUCCCCUUCCAGACGCCUUCCCUCCCCCCCUGCACUGGAUGACUUAAAGCGCACGCCUUGUCCGCCACCACUCUCUUCGCCUCUCUCCCUGUCAUGCCGCUAUGCCACUCGUUUCUGCCAUGACUUCGCUAGGAGAGGCUCUCGUUUCGGCUCUCAAGUCCUUCUUUCGCGGCAAGUCGUUUCUCAAGGCACUGCUCGCUUUCUGGUCCAGCCCCGUCGCCCCUGCCGUCCCCGUUGGUUCCCGAGAUGCCGGGGUCAAGGUCAGCGCCGACCCCGCAGCCGACUUCCUCGCCGAGGCCGAGCACCUGCUGUUGGGACAUCUCGAAGCCGGCGGGCUGAUGCAAUUUUCACGGAAACUGAAGGGUCAAUUCAGGGAACGUCUGUGGUCGAACCCGGAGUGCAUGCUGCCCUCAUACAACUCCCAACUACCCACCGGCCAUGAAUCCGGCCAGUAUCUCGCUCUCGAUGUUGGCGGGUCGACGCUCCGGGUAGCACUCGUGGAGCUCAGGGGACGCGGGGAAUCGGGACCGGAAGGCAGCAUUAUCCGAAUGGACUCGUUCAAGAUCGACAAUGAUGCUAGGAAUUUGAGAGGGACCGAGUUCUUCGACUGGAUGGCCGAGAGGAUACACCGGACCGUGGCCAAGGACAGCGCGAGAGGCCACAGCCCAGAGCACCCCCUCCUCAUGGGAUUGGCCUGGAGUUUCCCCAUCGAGCAAACGUCUUCAAAAGGGGGCAAGCUAAGCGCCAUGGGCAAGGGAUUUCUCGCCAACGAGGGGCUUGUAGGGCAGGACUUGGGAGAAAUUAUCAAGUCAGCCUGCCGGAACCAGGGGCUACAUGUCGAAUUGUCCGCGAUCGUCAACGAUUCGAGCGCUGCGCUGCUCUCCGAAGCGUACACCACCCCCUCGACUCGCUUCAGCCUCAUUCUCGGGACAGGCGUCAACAUCGCCGUCCACCUCCCCGUCACGACCAUCGACCAACCAAAAUUUGGCGACCGCCCAAGCAGCUGGCAUGAAAAGGCCAGCCACGUUAUCAUCAACACAGAAUUGGGCAUGUUUGGCCACGGAAUCCUCCCCGUAACAAAAUGGGAUAAAACCCUCAAGGCCGCCCACCCCCGGCCAGAUUUCCAACCACUCGAGCAGCUCGUUAGCGGGUACUACAUCGGCGAGAUCUGCCGCCUCGCCCUCCUCGACGCGAUCACGUCAAUCGGCGUCUUCGGCGGCGUCGUACCACCUUCUCUGCAAACACCAUACUCCCUCGACACCGAAACUCUCUCUCUCAUCGAAGCCGAUAUCACCCCCACCUUCACCACCGCUCUCCAAAUCUUCACCACCCGCCACCCGACACCCAACUACCAGCCCACCCCAGCGGAUCUGUCCUUCUUACGCACCCUCGCGGCGCACGUAACGCGGCGGUCCGCCUCAGUCGUCGCCGCCUCCAUCUACGCGCUGUGGGAGCUGAAAGCCGAGACCGAAGGCAUCCUGCUAGACUGCCUAUCCGACACGUCCCCCUUCGCCGCCGAGACGGCUGCCGAGGUGGCCAUUGGCCGCGGCCGCACCACCGUUGCGUUUAACGGGUCCGUUGUUGAGCACUAUCCUGGGUAUCGGCGGCAGCUGCAGGCGUUUGUGGACGGGCUGUUGUUGGCGAACAGGGAGACCGAGAGGUUGAAGGGUCGUGGUGGUGGUGGUGGUGGGGAGAUUGCGCUUGUCGAGGCGCGGGAGAGCUCGUUGCGCGGCGCGGCUGUGGCGUUGGCGUGUUUAUCGUAAGAGUGUUUGGGGGGGGUUGCGUGCUGCUACGUGCUGCUACGUGCUGCUACGUACUUCUACGUGCUGCUACGUGGUGUUGCGUGGUGUUGCGUGCUGCUACGUGCUGUCCGGGAUAUACCUGGGUUUUUAUCAUAUCAUGUGUUGGGUU